AAAAUAAUGUAAAUUUGAGACAUUAUUAUUAUUGGUUCAAAAAAUUAUUAAUUUAAAAAAGAAAAAAAAUAGUUUAAAAAAAUGGAUUCAGUUGCUGUUACGGUACCAUUGCGCCCACCGACUAAAAAAAUGAAAAAACGCAAGGAACUUGACGCAUUAGCACCGUCACAUGUUAUAUCACGACGAGUUUCAGGAAAACGCAGCUCUCAGGAAUUGCUGACAGAUAGCAGCGAUGAUAGAUCAGAAUAUUGGAACGUUUCUGUAAGAGGGAAUCGCAAGACAGCUGCAAGAAGAAAUCGGUCUUGUCCGGGUCUUUUAAAGGCCUGCAGCGCGUUUUUCGGAUGCGCUUCUUUGCUGGCGACGGCCAGUCUCAUUUGGCUGUUUAUCGAUGUCCGUCAGCAACUCACGUCACUCAGAACGGAAGUCGACCAAGCUAUUGCCGGUAGUGAAGGCGUACCAGAUGCAUUGCAAAAAUGCCACUCGUUGUCGAAAGAUUUGCAGAAUAAUCAAACUUUGUUAUUUACACAAUUAACUGAUGUUAAAGCUCAAAUUAAUAAUUUUACUAUUCAGCUGACAAACAUACAAAAAGGACUCCAUCAAGUACAAGAGCUUCUCCACGAUGCACCAGAAUUAACAAACAUACCGACUCAAGUAAAGUCCAUAAGUUCAAGUGUCGCAACUUUUGGAAGUAAAAUUCGGGAUUUAAGAGUCACUGUUGACGCUUUAAAAGAGACUGAAACUAAAUUACAAGAUGCACAACAUGAUCUUCAAAGGAAUAUCACUAAUAUAAAGACGGCUCUAGAUGAAUUAACAAAAGUAACUCAGAAAUUAACAAUGCCAACAAACGAGUCUAAAGUUAAAACUGAAGAAUUGAGUAACACGAUAUCUGAGUUAAGAAAUAAUUUGUCGUCGAUUAAUGACACGCUCACACAUGGUUAUCAAUCGCUUUCCGAUGAUCAGCAGAAAGAUCAUAAAUUGUUGGUUUCAUUGCAAGACACCACACUAAAUGCAAGUAUGCAAGUAAAGUCUUUAGAAGCAGAGUGUGCUAAAGCUAAUGAACAAACAACUAUCGUUAGUUCUGUUAAAAAAUUAACUGAUGAGGUAAACAACGUCCGAAGCGUAGAUGCAAGUUUGAUGAGUCGCAUUGAACAGUUAGAAUACUCGUACAAAAAUCUAAAAAAUUCAACGAACCAAAUGCUGACAUUGAACUCCAGCACCGAUAUUAAGCAACCGAAUGUCAAUGCUACCGAUAGUAAUAAUAAUAAUAAUAAUAAUGGGCAAACGAUAGCUGAUGGACUACUACCGCAUUAAUGUAAUUGCAAUAACAAUUAGGUAUCAAAAGUGAUAAUUGUUUAACGAGCGUAAAUAAAAAAUUAUUGAUAAGAGUUAAAGAUAUAUGAUUAUAAUUAUAAUUAUGAUAAUAAAUAAUUAUAAAAAAAGCUGUAUUAUAGAAAAAAAAAUACGAAAAAUAAGUAUUAUUGUGUAUUUGUAUAUAUUGAUUUAAUUCAGAUACUUUAUAUUAAUAUAUAAUAUCUAAAAAAAUCUAACGCACGAACAAAUGUCAGUUAAUUAAUCUUAUAAAUGCGAAUUGUGUUUGUGAAUAAUUAAAUGUUUGCGUGAUUGCUGAAUAAAUAAGUUAUUUGAUUAA